AUGACCGCCAUCCCGACUCCGACCCCACCGCCGUCCACUACCACGAGCUCACCGUCGCCCUCCCCCGAGUCCGCCGUCCCUGCGGCCACCUACUCCGAGCCAACAGUCGCCCCCUUCCUCGACCCCGCCGUCGCGCUCCCCUUCUCCCAAGGGUACAAGGGGAAGAAGGCAGGGUCUAGGUGCUACUCCGGCACGGCGGCAGAGCGAAGCAAACCCUCCUCUCCUCAAGGACUUGCUGCUGCUGCUAAUCCGAGCUGCACCACCUACCUUGCUGAAGAUCUAUCCCGGCAGUUGUCUGUGAGGUAUGCUAUCUGUAUGAUUGAUGCAAAGCAAAAUGUCUAUCUGCUGCAAGUUCCCCAAAAUUUCAGGGGCGCCACAACUGAACUGAGGCUCCUUCAGUUCAAUAUUUUGUGCAGGGACAAAUAG